GCGUAAUUGAAGGGACACGAGCAAUUACAUAAGAAAAGAUUUUAACUUCAGGUUAUUUGUCGCCUCAGUCAGCAAGCUCUGUGCUAAUUCUAGGUUGCCGAGAAAUGGUGAAAACUGAGGAAGAAUGCCAAGCCAUGAUUCACAAGAGUUUCCAAACUCCAAUGGUGAGGUUUUUGAGGGAACGCUUGGAGAAAGCUGGGUGUGCCGUAGGAGCCAAUUUUUUCAAAGCUGUUACUUGCAGUGAGAAAGUCGCCGGUAAUUAUGUUACUGGUCAAGGGGUAAAAGUGUGCAGCAAUUAUAUGCGAAUUCAAGACGAAGUCAACCAGGUGGUAAUUCAUGAGCUAAUUCAUGCGUUUGACCAUUGUCAUGCUGCCAAUUUGGAUUGGUCUGAUUGUGCUCACCUGGCUUGUACUGAGAUACGAGCUAGUCAUCUAAGUGGUGAUUGCCAUUACAAGCGGGAACUACUGAGAGGUUUCAUGAAACUACGAGGGCAUGAACAGGUACAGUAUCCUGUGAAGUGUAUUAUAGAAAUCCUGUUCCUAGGUGAUGACCUUGACUUUGGUCAACAACUAAAAGAUGGGCUAAUCCUUCAUUUUGUAUGAGAUGCCUUUUUAGAUGGAUUGAACCUUGAGCCCAGUCUAUAGCAAGGGUGGUUCACACAAAUGAUAUAGUUGAAGGGGUUAAAAAACAUGUGGAAGCAUAACUUGCAGUACCAUAUGACUGCUACUUCUUUUUCCUAGUGCUCAAUAUAACUUGUUCUUUCUUUUAGGGAGCACACUUUCCUCAAAAUUAUGUAUUUUGUUAUUCUGUCAUGCAUUUCUCUCUUUGCUUUAGUAUAUUUGAGAUUUUAGACUUUUUUUUUUUUUUCUGUAAUUUGUUCAAUACUGAAUU